UGCACUGGAGACGAAAAGCAAAUUGGUUGGUCAGACGAGCAUUAGGCAGCGCGUGGGUGCCGAUAGCAGUGACACAAAUAAGCUCAGCGUUAUUUACUAGAUUACGAAUGUUUGGCGUUCAGUAAGAUUUCGUAGCUGUUUAGAAGCUGAAUAUACUAACCCAAAAUGGCCGAGAGCCAUCAGGGCAGCAGCCCCCGUAUGACCAAGGGGAAGAUCAUGUCUACGGCGCCCACGCGUAUGGUGACGAUGAUAGAUACUAUGCGCAAUUCUGUAAUCGCUAGACUCUUCGCCACUCAGCCGAACCUGGGGAAAUCUCUCUACGCGAUGUUACAGGUAUUAAUUAAGGAAAGGCGCCGAACUCCGAUUGCUGAUCGCCAAAUACUCGAGCAUUUCUCUACUGAGCAGCUCGUUCAAACAGCCACUGAGAUGUGUUACUCAAUUGAACGGAGGACGCUUUUUACACAGGACAUCAAAGACAUGAUCGAGAAUCUGAUGCUGUUAAUGGAGCGCAUCUUCAAGCUGGCUCCUCAAGUGGGCUUACCUUUUUCGAAGGACAUCACUAAGUUUAUUCUUAUCGUUGCUGAAAUGGCGGCCGAACUUCAGCUUCUAGAAUUGGUGACCCCAAUCGACUGGACAGCACUAGCCGAUAUCGUAAAGUUACGCGUGCAAACCUUGGAAUAUUUGCCGAAAUACAAUUUACUGCGGUACAUCCCAAGGAUAUCAGAUCUCGAAUCGGAACGAGUGGUUGGGUCAGGUGGUUUCGGUGUGGUAUACAAAGGAUUUUAUGUACCGGCAAACCUGACCAUCUGCAUAAAACUCAUCCCUGAAGCUCGCCUUCCCACGAUUGAGUGUAUUGCGUCAGACAAGCUGGUAGCAUCGAUUAUCAACUCGCCCUUCCUGAUUCAGUACCUGAGCGUGUUCAAGGUUGAAGACGCUUUCGUCACACUUAUGGAGUAUGUCGAAGGGAUCGAUUUGAAAAAACUCAUGUCAAUUCAAAGAUUCCUGCCCGAAGAUGUUCUGCGGCUGUUCGUCGUCCAGAUGUUUCUUGGCCUAGAACACCUGCAUUAUAAGGGUUUCGUACAUCGUGACUUGAAGUUGCAGAACGUACUCAUCAAGGAAAGCGGGCAUUUAAAGGUGAUUGACUUCGACACAACGAAGUUGUGUCUGUCGAACUUUGUCAAGGGUCGAAUAAUGGCGGCAUUUUUCAAACGGACGGCGAAAGAGUUUCGUGAUAACGAACUUGCCGGGACUCUCCCGUACAUGGCACCAGAAUCCUUUAAGGAAGUCGAAUCGAAAAUUGGUUACCCCUACGGAAGAGCCGUAGACUGGUGGGCACUUGGUGUGACAACGUACCGCCUAAGCACAGGGAAGCUUCCAUUUCGAGCGAGCACAGAGCAGGAGUUGCAAGAUAAGGUUUUACACACUCAUAUCACUUGGUGUGCUCAGGAUAUUCAGCGGAACCCUUCGGAACUGAUCGACAUAACAAAUCGGCUUCUUGUAAAAAAUCCGUCGAAGAGAUUGGGAUCUGGGCAAUCGUACCGCGAGCUUCGGAUGCAUCCCUAUUUCAGCAAAGUCGAUUUCGGGAAUUUGCAUACGCUGACACAUCUAUGUGAAGUACCCUCCUUUCGGGAAGCAUUUGCUAGCAAUGAGAAAGCAGUCAUACCAGACAAACCUGUCUUAGAGAUCAGGCAACUCAGAGAUGCUCCACUACACAAACAGAAGCCUAUUCUUACCUUUGCUUCUCCCGGCUUUAUGCGUUUAAUGGACCACCUCCGAAGCCAGAGAACAUUAGCCGAGGGAAUUGACCAAAGAUACUGCGACGAGCGCCGUCUGUACGGAUUAGGAACCCUCAGUUCCGAACGAAACUACGAAAUGCAUUCUGAUGAACCUGUAAAAUCCUUUGACUACAAAACUCUUGAGACAAUGAUUGGCGUGCGCCACUUCGUGUCAAUCCAGUUGGAGGCUGAAUCAAAACAGUGCUUUCAGGGCUUCACAUAUGGUUUUGAACUAUUGGAAGUAACUGGUGUGUCUGGACCAGCUGCCAUGGUGUGCAGUCUCCGCUCUGAAUCAGUGAAGAGGAGCGGCUUAAUCGUGGGCGACAUUAUUUACCAAGUAGACGAAGUGAAGACGCAGGAGGGUUUAGAGCGCAUAAAAGCUCACAUGAAAAACAAGCCUAUGGUCAAAGUGUCCGUGUUUGCAAUGACUCCAUUUCGGUUAGCCGAUAUGGGAUUGAAUGUGCCCCUGGCUGUUUCAUGGGUUGGGCGCAAAGAUCUUCUAGUGACACGCGUAGUAAAAAGGCAGAUCGAUACGGUAAAAGCGUUCGACGUAUUUACGCAGGCAACAUCCGCGGCGUCACAUCGAUCGCGUCCCAUGUACCUUCACGUCAUUGGACGCAUACACAGAAAAUGCGUGGUCACGUUUCCGCCUGACGAAAACCUUUACGUUGCUGAUGUUGUGCUAGCUGUAAACGGUGCAUCAACAUCCGUUAUGCGUAGCAGAGAAGAGGUCAUGAAUGCCAUCAAUAUGACAGCAAAGGAGCACGUCCAAAUCACGAUACUGCCCGUAUCACCCUUGCGCCUGCCUGACCCCGAACGAACUCGGUGAACAUAUACCGCGGUGAUGACCUAUCUCAGGUUCUUAUGAAAAAGCAGCGGGUCCUCUUCUUUAGUGCUGAUUUCAUGCUUAAGAUUUAUUGUCAAUGCCUUCAACAGAUACAUUACCGCUCUGCUCCACCGUUGACUAGUUUGAACAUACAAAACGAAUCAUUUCAUUGUAGAAACAUCGAGCACAUGCUGAGCAUCACAGCUCGGGUGUUGCCGUAUGUAACGAUGUACCACGUCGCUGGUAAGUAUUAAAAACCCACAUGAUUUUGUAAAUAAAAAAAAAAGCGUGAAAUUAAAGUAAAUCGGUUUUUAUUGUCAGGAAACUAAAAUGUCCUGUUUAGUGAUUGCUAGUAUCUAGCGUUGUUGACAAAAAGUAGGCGCAUUCCAAUACACUACGUUACAGCGAAUUUUUAAAACUUCCCGAAAACUUGUUCAUGCUCGAGGAAACCACAGAACUUGCAUCGUUUGAGCCAUUAAGUUGUGGCUAGAUUGCUAGGAUUCUAGUUACCUGUCGAAUGGUAAAAACAAAGGGAUCUAUUUUUAGGAUCGGCCUUAAAAACAGCUAUAGUACACUAACGCAGGACCAUUUAACGAUUGUGUUCUAGUACGAUCGUAUUCGGGGUUUUGCAAUAAAGACAAUUUUACACCAUCGUUUUGUGCGAAGCAAACAUGUUGGUCAUUAUAACAGACACUAUUGCUGAUGUUGUAGUGGUUUUUCAGAGGCCACUACUGCUUUUAUACUAUACAUAAAAAAAAAAA